UGCUGGCCCAUUCCAAUCCUUGUCGGAGUGGAAACACGGGGGCCGACAGUCUUCUUUUUUCUCCCUUCCCGUUUACCUCGUUGUGCUUUCUUUUAUUUCACCCGCUUCACUCUCUUUCUCUCUUUUCCUCGGCAGACAACUUUUCCUUUUCUCUCCCCUCCUUACCGCUACGUUUGAAGGUUUUAAAACCCUGUCCAUAUAAGCUCUAGUUAUUUAUUUAUUUAUUUAUUAUUUCUCUUUUUAUCCAGAGGAACAGACAGUUAUGUUUUUUUAGAUGUAUCACAAAUGAGAAGACGCAAAAGAUGGAGCUGCACAUUUUAGAGCACAGUUUGAAAGUAGCAAGUAUAGCGAAAGAGGGCAUCCAGGUCUGCACUCACGGAUUAAUCAAACUAGCUUUUCUGCCCUCUAAAACAAGAUGCAAGUUCUUUAGUUUAACGGAAACUCCAGAGGAUUAUACCAUCAUUGUGGAUGAAGAUGGCUUUAAAGAGCUGCCAGAGUCAGAGUAUCUCAGUGUGGCAGAUGCGACGUGGUUAGCUCUCAAUGUGGUGUCAGGGGGCGGGAGCUCCACCAGUUCUCAGCCAAUUGGAGUCACAAAAAUAGCGAAAUCGGUCAUCGCCCCACUGGCCGACCACAACAUCUCUGUUUUCAUGCUGUCCACCUACCAGACUGAUUUUAUACUGGUUCGAGAGAGAGAUCUACCCAUGGUCAUGCACACACUGUCUUCAGAGUUCACACUCUUGAGGGUUGUCAACGGAGAAACGGUCGCUGCCAACACUACCGGGGUCACCAAUGGUUUUGUCAAGCCUAAACUGGUCCCUCGGCCGAUCAUUCACCCUCUGUCCAGUCCCAGUAAUAUGUUCUGCGUUACAAGCCUGGAUCCCGACACUCUGCCCUCAGUGGCCACGCUGCUUAUGGACGUCAUGUUCUACUCGGGCGGAGCAAAAGAGACUGGAGGGCAGAAUGAGGAUUCUGGACACAUCCCGUUUUUCUCGUUCUCGCUUAUCGAGGGUUACAUAUCUCUGGUUAUGGAUGAGCAGACAACACGGAGGUUUCCAAACAAUGUGCUCUUUACCAGUGCUUCAGGAGAGCUUUGGAAGAUGGUUCGCAUUGGAGGACAGCCUUUAGGGUUUGAUGAAUGUGGCAUUGUGGCUCAGAUAUCUGAACCACUGGCGACCGCUGACAUUCCAGCCUAUUAUAUCAGUACCUUCAAGUUUGAUCAUGCUCUGGUUCCAGAGGAGAAUAUCCAGAGCGUGAUUGGAGCCUUGAGGACCAAUGAGAGCACAGGACAGUGAGACUCCUUGUGACUGGACAGGAGUCCUAUGUCCCUGCAAACAUUUUUGAUUUCUUAACUCUUAAAAGUGCCAAGAGCUUACCUGAGGACUGGUUAUGGGAGAAGGUUUGGAUAAGGGGGGAGGGGGGUCUUUAGUUUUGCAGUCAGUAUUGAGCGAUUGUGUCACUAGCAGCCAUUUCUAUAUCACUUUCUGUCUAAUUCAUGCCUACCUGCAAACAAAACAAAACUUGUCCAACCCCAAUUUCCCAUCCAAAUGCACAGGGACCCUGUAAUGGUGUGAAUCCAGUGUUUUUUUCCUCUGCUCUUUCUCUUAUCCACCCCUCCUCUGCACACAAUUUUACCAUGGCAACAAGGCCUGCUUAAGCCUGGGCCUGGAUUUCAGAUACUGAUUCUUUAGAUGUUGCAAAUAACCAGUAUGUAUUAGUGGCAGGAGGACACAGAAUGUACUCAAUUGUUUAUCAGAAUUUAUUUUUUCCUGCUCCCCCUUCCUGUUUUCCCUUGCGGUGCCAAGACACAGGGCCUAAACUAGACCCCUUGUCUAAAGCGUGAUUUUUCUAGAUUUUAGUGAAAGAACACAGUUCAGUUCAUGGCUGUUCAGAAAGUUUCUCAUUUUUGUAUAGAGGUUUUGUUUGUUUCCCCUCACAUUAAUCCUGUUGUCGCAUUUUAAUGCCAAGCGGCUGGGUAAUGAUUUAGUUGUUGUUGUUUUUUGCAUUCGAAGUACAAUCAAUGGUUUUUCUGUUUGUCUGCUGAGUUGGCAGCGAAAGCGCGUGGAGAUUUUGUCCGGCAUGUGGAUUCAGGUGAAACUCUCUCGGUUCACUUGCACUUGUUCAGGUUAUAUACACGGAAGUACACAAUUAAUUGUGCAGUUUACUGUAUACUGUUUUUAAACAUUCGUUUCGAUGCUUUUAUUUACGGCAUUUCCUUCCCAUUUCAUGUGUGGAGUUUCGCAUGUUCGCGAUUGGACAUAAUGACAGCAAAGGCUGCCGUGCCUCUUUAGUCUUCGCCACUACUUGCUCCUUAGAAUAUUUUGCAAAGCUUCAUCCAUAGAGGAAACUGGUGGGGAAUGCUGUCGUUUGUUGAAUGUUCAGUAAAGUCAGGUGUCACAGACACUGGCAUUAGUUUAGGCCUUCAAGCUCCCCUUGUCUGCACUUUAUUUAAGGUCUAUCUUGAAGAUCUUACUGUUCUGAUGUGAAAUAGCGGGGAUGGGUAUUUUUCUCUUUGAGUCUCUUUUAGAAGGGGUCACUUGUUGCUCUUCACACAUGAAUUGGGUGUCUCUUUUCCACAAGCUUUUCUUCUAUCAGCUCUGAAGCAGAAAUUUGCAGAAACCAUGUAUUUAUCAGUGUUAAAAAAAGGGGUGACUUGUUUUUAUCUCUGACAAUUAAAGACGUGAAAACAGUA